ACACAUGUUUUCUAAAGUUAAAAGCAAUUCUGUUAAUGAUGGAUGUGCUAGCUACAGUUGCCCCUUGUUUGGCCCCCCCAUAUGGAUCUAUUUUGUGUCUUUGAUUAUGCAUUGUAUCUCUCCUGUCUCUGAUCUUCUGCCUCUCACUGGGUUGGGUUUUAUCAUCUUCUAAGAACUAAGGAGCCAUUUUUGACAAAAUAAAGGGAGAUAACCAGAUAAGCUGUCUGGACCAAAUAACAGCUUUUCAGGGCUUUCAUUUUUCGUAGGGACUAAUCCAUACAUAUCAUCAUGAGUUCAUUAGAAGAAAGACGCGAGGCCCGUCGCCGUCGGCGACAACAGGAAGAGGGGGCGAUACAGUUGAAUGGCGAUGGAGAUCUUGAGGAGCGUUUGAAUCGCAGAAGAAAAGAACGGGAGGAAAGGUUGAAACUCAUAGCCGCAGGGGUAAAUGCAAUAAAUGGGGAGGAUGAACUGGAACGUCGACGCAGGGAAAGACGAGAGCAACGGCUCAGGUCCUCUGAGACCACAGAGGAUUCGAGCACCAGCAGUCGCCGCACUCGUCGGAGGGGGACAGAGGACGAAAUCGAUGCCAUUGAGGAAUCAUCAUACACAAGUACUCGUUCUCGUCGUCGCCGAGGAUAUGAGGAGGAGGACACCCCAGCAGCUCCAGAAGAACCACAGGUAGACCCAGAAGAGGAAGCUCGUAAGCGACGAGCAGCACAGGCCGAACAGGAACGACAGGAAGAAGAGGAGCGCGCUCGACGAGAGGAAGAGGAGGAAGAACGUCAGAGACAGGCGGAAAUCAGGCGCCAACAGGACGAGGAAAGGAGACGACAAGAAGAGGCUGAGCGUGCUCGCAGGGAAGACAUAGACGACAUCCUUGAAAGACAGAGAAAAGAUCGUGAAGAGCAAGAAUUACUAAUCAAUGAAAGGAUACAAAACUUACAGUGUGUGAAAGACACAGUGAAUGAGGACUUGUUUAUAAAUGAGGACAGCUGGGAUAUCAGUUCAAACAAAGGCACUAAUUUAUCAGAGAUGGAGAGGAGAAAGUCAGAAAGUAACAAAACCAGUCAGUUAAAGACCUUUUUUGAGGACAGAAUGGAAGAACAGAAAUCAAAUGGACUUAGUCAAGAAAUUCACAGGAAAGAUGGAUCUAACAGAAGACAUCAUCCAGGCAACUUAAGUUUGGAUGAGUCUAGCCAAUCACAAGUUCAGGAGAGAUUGGUCAAAUUUCAAUCUUCUGUGCAACAUUUAACAAAGGAUGCUACAGCCAAAGACAUACAUGUGUAUCAUGCCAAAGUGAUCUCUCCCGGUACAGAUCGACUCAAAGAUAUCCAAAAGCGAUUUGAAGGAGAGAAAACAAUUGGGGAUCUCAGCAAUAACAGACUAAGCAGACUGAGUGCUAGCGAAACACAUCUCAAUGUGACUGAGAAAUAUGAAUCACCCCGAUUUGGGAGUAGAAGAGUGUUAGACAGAUGGCAGCCUGCUAGGGAUCCACAAAAAUCUCCCUUAUCCACAAGUUUUAAAGCCACAAGCACAUCAAAUAUGGACAGUGAUGCCUCUCGCAAAUCUGGAACAGUAACUCUCUUGGCAUCUAAAUUUACAACAUCAAAAGAAUCUUUGAAUGAUAAUCAUGUGACCUCGCCCACAACACUGAAGCAUUCUGGGUCAUUUAAAGAUGUUUCUUCAAUCAGACGACAGUGGUCACAGAGCAUUGACUCGGCAGAAAAAUCUGAACCACUGGCAACAAGUUUACGGAGACAGAAAUCAAUGGGAGCCAAAGUAUCAGGAAGAUGGCAGUUUGACAGACAAAAUGCCCAAUCUGCUUCUUCAAAUAAUCACAAAGAACCUCCAUCUCCAUCAAAGAUGGACAGAGAACUGGUUUCACAUUCCAGACCUUCUCAAGACAGCCACCUCAUAUCUCCAUCUAGGUCAAGACCAUUGUCAACUUCCUCUACAGACAGUCAGAAAGACAUUGUUGUUGCUACACCAGUUACUAUAACAAGCAAUGGCUGGCAUCGUAUAAAUGGAACUGAUAAGGAAGAAGAGGAGAGAAUUGAGCGUGAACGAUUAGAACGUGAAGAGGCAGAGCGAGAAGAAGCAGCAAGAAGGAUGGAAGAGGAACAAAAGAAGAGAAAGCACAAGAGGAAAGGGUUGGGAGGCCUUGACAAAGAAAAGAAGAAUAAACUCAAAGCUUUGAUCAUGGCUAAAGCAGCAGAGGAUCUGAGAAAUGAAGCCAAGGCAAAAGCGGAGGAGAAGGAGAGGUACAUCAAUGAACGAGUUCCGCCCUGUGACACGGCAGGCAAAGGCCAGGCUGAUUUAAUCAAACUGUGUAAGGACCUGCAUGCUCUGGUGGCCAAUCUAGAAGAAGAUCUAUAUGACUGGAAUAUGAAAGUCAGAAAACAGGAAGCUGAAAUCAAUUCUCUAUCUCUUAAGGUCAAUGAUUCCAAAGGAAAAUUUGUUAAGCCAGUUCUUAGAAAAGUCAACAAAGAAAGCAAAUUUGAUAAGCUUAAGAAAGAUAAGUCAGAUUUUCGGGGCAAUCUGAAGUCAACAGGGCAGAGUAAAUAUGCACUAGAUGAAGAGGGAGAGGAGAAGGCAGGUAAAUAAACAAAAAAGAAGAGACGAUUUGUAAUGGUGAAGAAUCAACAAUGGAACAUCAGUAGUUGGCAAUUAUCCUAUAACUACCCAUGAUUUGAACUUCUUCCUGUGUGGUUUCGAUGUUUUCAACCUACAUACAUUUUUUAUUUAUUUUAUGUUUCGGACACAGUGUAAAAUGUUUCAUUUCGAACUUUUUUCUUUUUCUGAAGCAUUAUUUUGACUGGACUGUGGCUAGUACUAUCUGAUAGUGAAUGUAAUUUAGAAUAAUUAUAUAUGUAUACAUUUUAGCUGUUUCUCUCAUACAAAGUGUAUGGUAAUUAUCAGUUAUAGUGUAAUGCAGUUAUGAAUGUAUGGAAGUUUUUUCAUUAAUUCACAUAUUGUGAAUUGCAUACUGAUUUUUCUUAGAUUAAUGGUGCUGUGUUUAGGAAUUGGAAUUCACAUUUCUAAUUAUUUGGGUUUCCAAAACUCAUUUCACCUGCAAAGAUAUGUUGAUCCAUGCUUGUAUGUCUGAAUUUUGUCCAUGAAACAACAAAUAACCAAUGAAAUAUCAAAUUGAACGCAAUGGAAACAAAAAAUAUCGAGGAAUAUGGGGCAAGAUUUUUUUUUUUUUUACUCUCUGUGGAGGAUUAAUUACCUGCACAUUUUUAAUUACUUAUUAAUUUUAGAGCCUUUAGAUAUCUGUUCAUUACUCUAUUUAUUGUGACAGUUGCUGUGUACAUGUAGAUAUGUGUGACCUAGUUAUAGACCCUUGCUCGAGGCUAGCAGCAAGGAUUAAUGUAAUAUGACAAUGUUCAAAUUAUCUAAUAUAUUAUAUGUAUGUAUGUUUCAUAGAUAAUAUUCAAGAUUAAUCCAUAUAUGUUUAAUAAAUAAGUAUUGCUUUUAAAUUUUGUCAUAGGCAAAUGGUGUAUUCGAUGUAAGCUGCAAAAUGCUUUGGAUAUUACUUAAUCCCCCUUUUUUUUUCUCUCAGACAGUAUGAUGGAAAUAUUUCAACUCUAACCAGGAUGAACUAGAACAUCCAAUAUUGAUACUUUUUUUAUUCACAACGAAAAAUAUUUUCUUCAAGAUCUAAAUGGGAUAAUCAUAUCUUGUUCAAGCAAUAAACUCAUUCCUUGCCAAA